AUGUGGUGGUCAAAUAGCAUAUUUUUCACUUUCUUUACUCUAUCUCUAUUGUUAGGACAAGCAUGCAGUGAAACAGAUACUCUGCUUCAAAGACAGUACUUGAAAGAUGGGCAAGAGCUCGUUUCAGCUUUCAAUAUCUUCAGGCUCAAGUUUUUCAACAUCAAGAAUUCAAGAAACUAUUAUCUUGGAAUCUUUUACGACAGUUUGUAUCUUAAUGACAACAGCAACUAUGAUUCUAACCAGGACAAACCUGUCUGGAUAGCCAACCGUGACAAUCCAAUCCCAGGACGCUCUGGAAGACUCACAGUUGACUCACUCGGAAGAUUAAAGAUCUUAACAGGAGCAUCAAGCCUGCUUGAUCUAAGCUCUACAGAAACCACAGGAAACACAACCCUGAAGCUGUUGGACUCAGGUAACCUCCAGCUCCAAGAGAUGGCUUCAGAUGGAUCGUUGAAGCAGAUUUUGUGGCAAAGUUUUGAUUAUCCAACGGAUACACUUCUUCCCGGGAUGAAAAUAGGUUUCAACGUAAAGACUGGGAAGAGAUGGGAGCUAACAUCAUGGCUAGGUGAUGACCUACCUGCUUCUGGAUCUUUUGUGUUUGGGAUGGAUGCUAAUAUUACAAACCGUUUGACCAUCUUGUGGCGUGGAGACAUGUACUGGGGAAGUGGGCUAUGGUUUAAGGGUCGAUUCUCCUUGGAGAAACAAAACGAGAAUGGUUUCUUCUUCUCCUUUGUUUCCACAGAGAUUGAAGAAUAUUUUAUGUAUUCAGCUAAUGAGAGGUAUGAUGGAACUACAUUUCCUCGGUUAGUGAUAAAUGAAAAGGGAACUUUGCAGUUUAAGUGGAUUAAUGGAAGAUUAGAUCAUGUCAAGUGCUCUCCCUUUGUUCUUGGUGAAGAUCUUGAAGUUGGUUGUUCCCGGAAACAUUCCAGCGUUUGUUUGCGUGCUAGUUACGUAUUCCGAGAGCCUGAACCCAAGUUCUGGGACUGUGAAAUAUCGUCGUCUAGUUACUCUUGUUCCAGCUAUGGUUAUACAUUCAGAGAUGCAGUAUCUUCUAUAUCAGGCAGUGGAUUUGUACUUAAUGAGACUGGUGGGAAGUUAAGUUCAUACGAUUGCUAUGUUAAAUGUCUCCAAAACUGUUCUUGUAUUGCUUAUGCUUCAACCAGUAUGGAUGGUACGGGCUGCCAAAUCUGGAAUACUGACCCUACCAUUGAUCUUACUGGCAACAUGACGUCUUCUCAUAGUCCAAUAACUAUACAUAUUCGUGUAACAGUCACUGGUUACAUACGGAGUAGGCUUCAAGCAAUGAGGGUUAGUUCAGCAAUAGACCAAGAAAUGCUACUACGUGAAUUGGGAAUUGAUAGGAGAGGCAGGCACAGGAGAAGUGCAAGGAAGAAUGAUAACGAGCUUCAGAUUUUUAGCUUUGAAAGUGUAGCCUUGGCAACAGAUUACUUCUCAGAUGCAAACAAGCUCGGUGAAGGAGGUUUUGGUCCUGUAUAUAAGGGGAGGUUAAUACAUUGGGAAGAAGUGGCUAUCAAGAGACUAUCUAUUGCAUCAGGGCAAGGACUAGUGGAGUUCAAGAACGAAGCUAUGCUUAUUGCAAAACUUCAACACACAAAUCUUGUGAAGUUGAUAGGUUGCUGCGUUGAGAAGGAUGAGAAAAUGUUGAUAUAUGAAUACAUGCCCAACAAGAGCCUUGACUACUUCCUAUUUGACCCUUUGAGGAAAAAUGUUCUAGAUUGGACCCUGAGGUUCAGGAUCAUGGAAGGGAUAAUUCAAGGGCUGUUGUACCUUCACAAAUACUCUAGACUGAAAGUGAUACACAGAGACAUCAAAGCCAGCAACAUUUUAUUGGACGAGGAUAUGAAUCCCAAAAUAUCUGAUUUUGGUAUGGCUAGGAUAUUUGGAGCACAAGAAUCCAGAGCCAACACCAGAAGAGUUGCUGGCACAUUUGGCUAUAUGUCUCCAGAGUACUUCAGAGAAGGACUAUUCUCGGCUAAGUCAGAUGUGUUCAGCUUUGGGGUUCUGAUGCUCGAAAUCAUUUGUGGAAGGAAGAACAAUAGCUUCCACCAUGACUCAGAAGGGCCUCUGAAUCUCAUAGUUCAUGCGUGGAACCUGUUUAAAGAGAACAGAAUCCGCGAGGUGAUAGAUCAGUCUUUGGGAGAUUCUGCACUUGACAACCCUCAAGUGUUGAGAUGCGUUCAGGUUGCUCUCUUGUGUGUACAAGAAAGCGCAGAGGAUAGACCAAGUAUGUUAGAUGUUGUGUCCAUGAUAUACGGCAACAAUGCUCUUUCUUCACCUAAAGAGCCAGCUUUCUAUGAUGGUCCCCGGAGAAGCUCCCCGGAGAUGGAGAUUGAGCUACAGGAGCCAGGAAAUGGAUCGGAUAAUAGAGUUACCAUCACAGUGAUGGAAGCAAGGUGA